AUGGCGGCGACUGUGGCAUGUACAUGUGCAUAUCGUUCCAAGACUUUUAAUUUAGUUCGCCAAAUAAGAAGUGGAAUUCUCUGGACCUCGAACCCAUUUCUCACAGAUUCUAAAGUGCGUCAUGUUGCAAGAUGGUAUCGUCCAUAUAUGUGGUAUUUAGAAAAAUUGAAAAAGAAAGCAGAGAGGAAAUUUGGAGUUCCCCUGCCAGUGCCAAGAUCUGAACAUACAGAACUUCCAUGGGACUAUGACAGUGAACUGUAUGCUUUCAGUCAGCGAUUGAGUGAAGAUUUCAAUGUAGAGACGUUGAGGGCGGCAUUCAACCAUCGGGAAUACACAGAAGAUGAAGCUGCUAAGAGAAGAGAAUUGAGAAUGGAUGAAAACAUACCAUUAUUAAAUAUACCAGACAAUGAGGAACUAGCUGAAAAAGGUUUUAUCUUCUCAUCAGAAUAUAUUAAAUCGUAUCUGAGAUCAGCGUAUCCCAAAUUCCCAGAUGAAGGUGUAAAAUCUGUUUCAAAUUAUUUAACUGACGUUGAAAUAUCGUGCCAUAUUGGCCGAAACCUUGGUGUUUAUGAUCUUAUUAGAUAUCCAGAGUUUCCACACCCAGAAGAAAUCAUCCAGAAAACCUUCUUUGCUGUUAUUGGAUCAUUAUUACAAGACAAGGGAGCCGACAGAACAGGUAUUUUUGUUCGAGAUUUCAUCCUUGCACAAUUGAUUGGGAAAGACAUUAACAGAUUUUGGGAUAUCUUAGACCCGAUGAAAAGACUGUCUGAUUAUUUAGAAACACAGAAACAAGAAUUACCCGAAUCAAGGAUAAUCAGGCAAUCUGGAGCUUCAACUCUUGUUGCUAUGUAUAUUGUUGGUGUCUAUAGCAACAAACAAAUUCUAGGAUUUGCUCCUGGUGUUUCUUUACUUGAAGCUGAAGAAGAGGCAGCCAGAGUAGCACUAAAAAACAUCUACGAAACCAACCCUGAGACGUGUGCACCAUUGUAUAUUGAUGGAUCAAGAGGCAAGGUUUAUCACAAUGUUGCUAUGAAACGGUUACAAGAUAACAAUAUUUUGUUACAAUUGAAAGGUGAUAACUUGAAAAUGGAAGCGCAAGGCGAGAAAAUGAGCAUUUGAAAGCCGACAACUGGGAGAUUUUUGUUUUCAUUGUAACCCAUGCUUGACAUUGUGUUUUAGGGAUUUUUUUCAUGAACAAUUCUUUUUGCUCACUGUAUUGUUCCAGGCAUGAGUGGUUUUGGAUGGUAGUGAAUAUUGUGUCCCUGUAUUUCUGCUUACAUGGCGCUAAAUUAAAUCUCCAAAAUAAGGAUGACCAAUGUAACACCGUCUGACCUUCACUUUUGGUAAUCCGAUGGUAACUGAUAAUAUUUAUUUGUAUAAGUGGAAUGCGAUGUGAGCUUGUCUCUUUUGAAAACCAGAAAGUUUUAAGUUGCCACACAACUGCUAACCAUAGUAAGUAGCGAAUUAUCUGUAACUUGAAUACAACACACUUGUUGAUUUGGCCGUGACCAUUUUUGAACAUCCAGGGUCAGUACAUUUGGUGUUCUGCAAUAAGAAAAGACACUUUGUUUUGCUGGAAAGGACUUUGAAGGGCAAGGAUAAUCUGUAACAGGUGAAGUCAUGUCUGCCAUUCUGUGUUUAUGGGUUGUCUGUUACAAAAUGUCCACAGUCACACCUUUAGAUUAAAACCAGACAAAGUAUGUGUUAGCUGACCGAUAGGAUAGAUACAGCAUACCACAUGUAGUACAACUUUAUUUACUUUCAUAUAAUGUAUAUACAAGAAUAAAUACAUCUGAUUGGGA